UAUAAUAAAAUAUUGAAAUAAUAUUUACAAAAACUGAAUUUUGACCAUGAUAAGAGUGAACCAUUCAUCUAGUAGCGAAGAAGAAGAAGAAAUGGCGAGAUUUUCAGUUGGAAGAGAAGAAGAUGAUAAUGAUGAAGGACCCAGUAACCCCACAAGAAGACCUGAACCCAAGAGACGGAGAACUACCGCCGGAACUUUCUCUUGUAGCGCCGUUAUCCGUCAACAAGAAGAAGAAGAAGAAAGAGAAAGGGAAAGGGAAAGGGAAAGAGUUGCUGAGGAAGAAGUAGAGGAGGAUGCAGAGGAGGAGGCAGAGGAGGAGGAUUGGGGAUCGGAAUCGGAAUCUGAGGGAAAUUUCCGAUCGAGCGGUGAUCGGAGAGUGCCGGUUCGUGAAUCGGAGGUUUCAAGAGAGAACAGGUCCAUUUCUGUGGAGGACCCAGACCAGAAUUUGGAGGGUUCAAGAGGAAACGGGUCAAUUUCUGUGAUGUUAUCGGAUCCGGAUGUGUUGGAUUGCCCAAUCUGCCUCGAACAUCUCCGUGUUCCAAUCUUUCAGUGUGAGAAUGGGCACAUAGCAUGUGCCUCCUGCUGCACCAAGAUUGCUAAUAAGUGUCCAUCAUGCUGUUGGCCAAUUGGAUAUAACCGUUGUCGAGCUAUGGAGAAGGUUGUAGAAUCUGUGAAGGUCUCAUGUGUGAACAAAAUGUAUGGUUGCAAGGAGAUCCUGAGUUAUAGUAAGAAAACUGACCAUGAAAAUGCAUGCAUCUAUGUGCCUUGUUCUUGUCCUUUCCAUGUCUGUGACUUUAUAGGUACUUCAACAAAUGUAUAUGCACAUUUUAGCGACAAACAUGCUUCUUCGGCAGAGCACAUUUUUUUCAAUGCUGUCCAUCCAAUUCAUAUAGAAAAAGAUCAAAGUUACAAAAUUCUUCAAAUGAGGACAGAAGGUAUACUUUUUAUCAUCAACCAUGCUAGCGACCGUGUUGGAAGUGCUUUCAACAUUAUCUGUGUUGGACCAGCUAGGCAGAAGAGAAGGUUCUCGUACAAGCUUGUAGUAACAGACGGGGAAAGCUCCUUUAAACUAGAAUCUGUUGCAGAGUGCAUCCCAAACUGGUCAGAAAAUAGUCCUUUGAAAAAAUUCCUCGUGGUCCCAAGAGAUGUCGUUAAUUCCAGUGCUCCGCUGAAGUUGAAUGUUUUCAUAGAAGAGAAGGAAUACGUCUGCAAUGGUUGCAGAUGUUCAAUUUUCGAUUUCUUUGUUUUUGCCGAACAGCAGCAUCCACUUAUUGUUCAUCAAAGAUCAUUUGGUUCUCUCCGGCUUGCAGACAUGUUUUCAGCUGAUGCUGUGCCUAGUGAAGGAGAAUUUGCAACGGGAAAGAGGAUGGAUCAAGGUAUUAGUGAACCUGAAGGGAGUAGAAAAAAGAAGAAAAAGCAAGUAGCCACUCCUCAUCCUACUUGCUCUUGGGUGCACUUCAGCUGUGGCUUUAUUAAAAGGCAUAGUGCUACAACACAUCCUGAAUCUUUAGGCCUGAAAGCUCAUGUUAGUAAGAGCACAUCACUUUUCAGGCCACAGAGAUGGAAGCUGAUGGGUCCUGAGGAGAAGGUAAAGUACACUACUCGUGCCUGCAAAGUGUGGGAUAAGUACCUGAGCAGGUUAAACUUCCCCCCCGAAUUUAACGCUUCCGCUUCUCUAUAUGUGAUAUUGUCGUCUGCUUCAGUGAACCAUUCAUCUAGUAGCGAAGAAGAAGAAGAAGAAGAUGAAGAAAUGGCGAGAUUUUCAGUUGGAAGAGAAGAAGAUGAUAAUGAUGAAGGACCCAGUAACCCUACAAGCAGACCUGUACCCAAGAGACGGAGGACUACCGCCGGAACUUUCUCUUGUAGCAUCGUUAUCCGUCAACAAGAAGAAGAAGAAGAAAGAGAAAGGGAAAGGGAAGGGGAAAGGGUUGUUGAGGAAGAAGUAGAGGAGGAGGCAGAGGAGGAGGAGGAUUGGGGAUCGGAAUCGGAAUCUGAGGGAAAUUUCCGAAUGAGCGGUGAUCGGAGGGUGCUAGUUCGUGAAUCCGAGGUUUCAAGAGAGAACAGGUCUAUUUCUGGAGAGGACCCAGAUCAGAAUUUGGAGGGUUCAAGAGUAAACGGGUCAAUUUCUGUGACGUUAUUGGAUCCGGAUGUGUUGGAUUGCCCAAUCUGCUUUGAACAUCUCUGUGUUCCUGUCUUUCAGUGUGAGAAUGGGCAUAUAGCAUGUGCCUCUUGCUGCAUCAAGAUUGCUAAUAAGUGUCCAUCAUGCUGUUUGCCAAUUGGAUAUAACCGUUGUCGAGCUAUGGAGAAUGUUCUAGAAUCUCUGAAAGUUUCAUGCGUGAACAAUAGGUAUGGUUGCAAGGAGAUUCUGAGUUAUAGUAAGAACACUGAGCAUGAAAAUGCAUGCAUCUAUGUGCCUUGUUUGUGUCCUUCCCAUGGCUGUGACUUUAUAGGUACUUCAGCAAAGGUAUAUGCGCAUUUUAGCGACAAACAUGCUUCUUCAGCAGAGCACAUUUUUUUCAAUGCUGUCCAUCCAAUUUAUAUAGAAAAAGAUCAAAGGUACAAAAUUCUUCAAAUGAGGACAGAAGGUAUACUUUUUAUCAUCAACCAUGCUAGUGACCGUGGUGGAAGUGCUAUCAACAUUAUCUGUGUUGGACCAGCUAGGCAGAAGAGAAGGUUCUCGUACGAGCUUGUAGUAACAGAUGGAGAAAGCUCUUUUAAACUAGAAUCCGUUGCAGAGAGUGUGCCAAACUGGUCAGAAGACAGUCCUUUGAAGAAAUUCCUUCUGGUUCCAAAAGAUGUCGUUAAUUCCAGUGCUCGGCUGAAGUUGGAUGUUCUCAUAGAAGAGAAGGAAUGAGUCUGCAAUGGUUGCACAUGUUGAUGUACCAUAUCUUCAUGAUGUAAUUUUGGCCUGUUCAUGUAGCAUUGCCUUGGUAACUUCUUUGGAAAUUUUAUGUCAAUAGACAAUAGUCAUUGGAUUUGUGCUUGCUAUAUUUGGGGAUUUGAAUUUGUGCUGUUGAAUUUACUUUGUUCCUUA